CAUUUCAGACUCAGCAACCACCUGCAUCAUCUUUCUAUCGAUAUCAUCUUGUCCCAGCCCUAGCAUAGCAAGCCUAGAACAGUAAAGUCUCAUCAAUAAUUCCAUACUGUUUCUAGCUAGCGGCGAAUACUAUCCAUCACAGGCCGCAGAGCUGCAGCAGGCAGUAGAGUACCCAAGCAAAAAAGCAAGAAACCAAAGGCAGCAAGACUCCAGGGAGCAGCGCGAGCUGUAGCUCUAGCUCAUCUCAUCAUGGGUAUCGAGAGCAUGAGCCCCACGGCGGCGCCGGCGGAGGAUUCCUCCUCCUCCUCCUCGCGCUUCUCCGCCGCGUCCACAGCCACCACGGAGUCCGGCGCCGCGCAGCCACGGGCUGCUUCUGCAGCACCGGGCGGCGGCGCGGUCGUUGUCGGCCGGGACGCCUCUCUGGCGGACGAGCAGGCCGUGACGUCGCAGCCGUUGGCGGCGUCGACGGCAGCGGCCGUGGCGCAGGGAUCUUCGCGGUUCAAGGGGGUCGUGCCGCAGCCCAACGGGCGGUGGGGCGCGCAGAUCUACGAGCGCCACGCGCGGGUGUGGCUCGGCACGUUCGCCGACGAGGAAGCCGCGGCGCGCGCCUACGACGUGGCCGCGCUCCGCUACCGCGGCCGCGAGGCCGCCACCAACUUCCCGGGCGCCGGGGCGUCGGCGCCCGAGCUCACCUUCCUGGCGGCGCACUCAAAGGCGGAGAUCGUCGACAUGCUACGGAAGCACACCUACGCCGACGAGCUCCGCCAGGGCCUGCGGCGAGGGCGCGGCAUGGGCGCCCGCGCGCAGCCCACGCCGGCAUGGGCGCGCUCGCUGCUGUUCGAGAAGGCGGUCACGCCCAGCGACGUCGGCAAGCUCAACCGCCUCGUGGUCCCCAAGCAGCACGCCGAGAAGCACUUCCCGCUGAAGCGCGCGCCGGAGGCAUCGGCGGCGGCGGCCACCACAGGCAAGGGCGUGCUCCUCAACUUCGAGGACGGCGAGGGCAAGGUGUGGCGGUUCCGGUACUCGUACUGGAACAGCAGCCAGAGCUACGUGCUCACCAAGGGCUGGAGCCGCUUCGUCAGGGAGAAGGGCCUCCGAGCCGGGGACACCAUCGUCUUCUCCCACUCCACGUACAGCUCGGAGAAGCAGCUCUUCAUCGACUGCAAGAAGACCAAGACGACGACGGUCGCCACCACCGACGGGGCGCCGGUGCCGGCACCAGCGGAGAAGAAACCGAGUGAAGCCCGUGUAGUCAGGCUGUUCGGCGUCGACAUCGCCGGAGACGGGUGCCAGAAGCGCGCACGGCCGGUGGAGAUUGCGUUCGAGCAUGGGCCGCAGCAGGAGUUGUUGAAGAAGAAGCAAUGCGUGGGCGUGGCUCAUCACCGCUCUCCUGCCCUAGGUGCCUUCUUGUUAUAGCAGCGAUCGUAAUAUACACAUAGUAGUAGUAUUCUAGUCCUCCUCCCCCGUUUUUGUUCUUGUCGCCUGCUUCUUCAUCUUGAAUUCAAUUACUACUAGCUAGUGUUUGUUCUUCGUCUUUGCAAAGAACUUGUUUAAGUCAUGCUGCAAAACGAGUUGUAUGUAUGUACACCAUUAGGAAGUCUUGACUCUUGAGUUGCUAGUAUGUAGUAGUUCUAUAAGAUCAUGCAAGUUUGUGCCAUCAUCAAGUGCAGCAAUAAGUAAAUUCGAUCUGCUAGCUAGA